CUCAAAAAAAGAUAAUAUGGUCCUUUUAUAUGCCCACCACGAAGGAGUCUUUCUUAUCCAAAUUUCUUCGUCCUAUGUCCUGUAAUUAAAUCUGCUUCAUUUCCGCCCUGAUCACAUUUGUUAGUAUUUUUCACUUAUCAUGUAUUCAUCAUCAAACCCAGAAGGUUAUGAUCCGGAGUACUCCGACGAGCAGCAUAUAUUCGCGGAGGACACCACGACUAGUACUGGUAUUCCAGUCAGCUCCGACAGCCAACAAUAUGAUGACUCGUCCAGUUUCAAGCCUGCUGUGUUUCGUGUUCAGUCUAGAGUUCGGGUCCCUUGGUCCUCCGGCCUCUGUGACUGUUUCACAGACAAAAAAACUUGUUGCGUGACCUUCUGGUGCCCCUGCAUUACUUUUGGACAAAUUGCAGAGAUUGUGGAUAAAGGAUCAACAUCUUGUGGAGCGAAUGGAGCUUUGUACGCACUAAUCUGCUGCGUGAUUUGCUGUCCAAGCCUGUACUCAUGCUUUUACAGGUCGAAGAUGAGGCAACAGUACUUUCUGCGGGAGACCCCCUGCGGAGAUUGCUUGGUUCAUUGCUUCUGUGAGCAGUGUGCUUUGUGCCAAGAGCAUCGUGAGCUCAAAACCCGUGGUUUCGACAUGACCAUCGGUUGGCAUGGAAACGUGGAGCAACGUAAUCGCGGGGUCACCGAGGCAAUGAAGGCUCCGAUGGCGGAAGCAGGCAUGAACCGAUAGCGUGCAUCGAAGAUGAUCUAUGAUUGGAUUUUAAUUUCCUCUAUAUGAUAAUUCAAAACUACAACUUAAGGCGUGAGUCAUGUACGUGUACUUACUCAACGGAGUUGGGUUAUUUGUUUCGAUCAUCUUGGAGAAUAAUCAU